GUUUAGCUGCACUCAAUUAUAAUGGAGGUCAUACAGCAUAUUCAUUAUUUUAUAUCCCAGUAGAAAAUAAUGAUAAUGGAUGUGGUGAUGAAAUACCUAUAGCACAAAAAGGUAACAUUGAAGCAGUAGAUAUACUUCUUUGUGAACUUUGUAAUUGUAACUUGCUAUUUGGUAGAAAGAUCUUUAUUAGAAUAGGAGACUUUUGUCAAGUAGCACCUGUGGUCUCAAAUGCUAGAAAAGCAGCUACAAUUUUAGAAUUAAUUAAAUCAUCUCCAAUUUGGAGUAAAUUUGAAAUUUAUAAUCUUCAGCAAUCUAUUCAAGAUGCUCUUGAUCCUGAGUAUUCUCAAUUAAUAGAUGAUAUUGGUGAUGGUAUAAGUGAUGAACAAGUACCUUUGACACUAUUAAAUACAACAUACAGAUUAGAAGAUGCUGUUAAUUUUAUUUUUCCAGCAGAUGUAUUAAAUAAUCCAAUUAUAUACCUCAAAUGA